AUGAAUGGAUGCUUAGGGGAUUUACGUGACCAGACAUGCAUUCCCUAUCUCGACGAUAUUAUUAUAUUUUCCAAAUCAUUCGAAGAGCAUGUUGAACACGUACGUCUAGUUCUGCAGAAACUGCAAGAACAUGGUGUUAAACUGAAGCCAGGGAAAUGCAGGUUAUUGAAGCGUCAAGUAUCGUUUCUUGGGAGAAUAGUAUCAGAAAAGGGUUAUAACAUUGAUCCAAAAGCAACCGAAGCUGUUAUCCUGAUGAAGAGCAAAAUACCGCGGACUGUCGGAGAGGUUCGAAGAGUAAUUGGAUUGUUAGGAGUAUGCCGACGUCACAUCAAAGAUUUUUCGAAGAUUGCUAAACCCAUCUAUGAACUGUUGGAAGGGGAAAUGAACACUAAUCAGAACUCCAGGAAGAAUGGUCAACUGCCCUCGAAUCACCCUAUUCAGUGGUCUAUAAAACACCAGACGGCAUUAAAUACAUUGAUUGAUUGCGUCACCUCACCCCCGAUUCUAGCGUACCCUGAUUACAGUUCACAAUACGUUGUUCAUACAGAUGCUUCCCAGAACGGGCUGGGAGCCGUGUUAUAUCAGCGUCAAGGCGGAACGCUCCGAGUCAUCGCAUAUGCAUCAGGCACAUUAACGCAAGCUGAGAAGAACAACCAUUUACAUGCGGGGAAGCUAGAUUUUCUUGCUCUAAAGUGGGCUGUCAGCGAACAAUUCAGGGAUUAUUUAUAUUAUGCACCAUCCUUCAUAGUCUAUACUGAUAAUAACCCACUGACUUAUAUUCUCUCGACAGCGAAACUUAAUGCGACCGGUUUGCGUUGUGUUGGGGAAUUUGCAGACUUUAAAUAUGGGAUCAAAUAUAGACCGGGAAAAGUAAACACCGACGCGGACGCCUGUCCAGAAUCCCCGCGGACUUCGAAAGAUUCAUGGACUCUUGUUCUGAAACGGUCUCAAAUCCGGAGUUCAACGCAGCAGUUUCUCAGAUUUCUUCCGUCAGCAAUGGUGAAUCCCCCUGGAUUACAUCAGUCACGGAUCUGCCGGAGGCCCUCGAGACAGACAAGCUAUUCUUGCCAGAGCGAGAAAACACCAUCCAGUUCAAACAGACACAGAUCGCUAGAGCGCAGCGAGAGACCCAACGACAAGUCGUGUUCAGUAAUAU